AUGAUGGAAGAAACUAGUGUGAUUGAAAAUAGCGACGUUCUUACGAGUUCAGGCAACGCCACGGAUUUUCUGAGACGGGGGUUCAAGAUGUACCCAAUUAAGGAGGUGAACAUGUUGAAUAAGUACAUGGCACAGCACACACAGAACCCUAAUAAUUUCCACAAGGGAACGACAACGCUGGGAUUCGUGUUCGACCACGGAGUCAUUCUCGCAGUGGACAGCAGAGCCUCCAUGGGACCAAUAGUGUCGACGCAGAACGUGAGCAAGGUGAUAGAGAUCAACUCGUACCUGCUGGGGACGAUGGCAGGAGGAGCGGCAGACUGCUCGUACUGGGAGAGGCACCUGGCGAAGCUGUGCAGACUCCACGAACUGAGAAAUCAGUCGAGGAUUUCAGUGGGCGCCGCCUCGCAGAUCCUGGCUAACAUAUUCUACUACUUUAAGGGGUACGGGCUCUCAGCGGGAACGAUGAUUGCAGGCUACGAUUUAAACGGGCCUGGCCUAUACUACGUCAGUAAUGAUGGAGAGAGGAUGAAGGGAAGGCUGUUCAGCGUUGGCUCAGGGUCCAUGUUCGCAUACGGAGUCAUUGACGAGGGAUACAGAUCGAAUAUGACGCUCCAGGAAGCUGUAGAGCUGGGAUCGAGAGCAAUAUAUCAGGCAGCGCACAGGGACGGGUACUCGGGAGGAGUUGUUAACCUAUACCACGUGCACAAGGACGGAUGGACUAAGUUGAUUGACCGUAAAGACGUUAACGAAAUACAUUACCACUACGCACAAGUGAAAGGAAUGCCCGGAGACGCUAUGUAA